UGACUGGGACGCGUCUUUCGGUGCAGACUUGGCGCGCGCCUGCAGGAGCGGCGCCAACCUGCGCCCAAACACGGGCAAAUGACUUACCUCUGCCCUCGCCCAGUGCUCGGCUACCAUUUCCUUCCGUCUUUGCUCCGCUCUGUGUUUAACGGCGCGCGCCAGGCAAGACCGGGGACGGAGGCCGCAGGGCUCUCCUGGCCAGGCUUGUCCCUGGAUCCCACCCCGCGGGGGGCCGUGCAGCUCCUGGCGCUCCGGCCGCUAACCAGCGCCCGCAGUCUCAGCCGAGGUUGCCGCAGCACCAAGGCACAAGUCAUCUCCCCCAGCAAACGGGCCCGGCCUGCGGAGGAGGGCGGCAUGCGGCUCCGCUUUGUCCGGCUUUCGGAGCACGCCACCGCUCCGACCAAGGGGUCCGAGCGCGCCGCGGGCUAUGACCUAUACAGUGCCUAUGAUUACACAGUACCACCUAUGGAGAAAGCCCUUGUGAAAACAGACAUUCAGAUAGCUCUUCCUUCUGGGUGCUAUGGGAGAGUAGCUCCACGUUCUGGCUUGGCUGCAAAACACUUCAUAGAUGUAGGAGCUGGUGUCAUAGAUGAAGAUUAUAGAGGAAAUGUUGGUGUUGUACUGUUUAAUUUUGGCAAAGAAAAGUUCGAAGUCAAAAAGGGUGAUCGAAUUGCACAGCUCAUUUGUGAACGGAUAUUUUACCCAGAAAUAGAGGAAGUUCAAGUGUGGGUCAUACAGAUGGAAUGCUUCUGGAGCUGGCAGCUCUCCUGGCCACCCAGUUCCUGGAAACACAGGAUGUCCAGAAGCAAGCAUAAAAGCAGCGGUGAUAUAGCUGGCACUGCUAAGAAGUGCCAGGUAUUGGAGGCCCAGAGGAAGGAUGAAGAGAGACAAGAGGAAGAAGAAGUAACUGAAGAAAUGAAGAGAUGCAUGACGCAGGAUACGGCAGGGGAUUUUCUUUAUUUGAGGAGGCACUGUUAGUUUUUGAGACACAGGACCUGAACACAGAAUGGUACACAAAAGUUUCAGCAGCCGUUCAGAAUGCAAUCCAGUGCUACCUUGUCAUCUAUGACGAGAAAAGAAGAGCUACUACCCAGACAUCAGUGGAUCAUUUUUUCAAGAGGGUAGAUAGAAUUAAAUCCAGCAAGG